CGGGAGCCCAGCAUCGACCUGCUCCAGGCCUUCGUGGAGCACUGGAAGGGCAUCACACACUACUACAUCGAGAGCACAGAUGAAAACACCCCGGCCAAGAAGACAGAUAUUCCCUGGCGGCUGAAGCAGAUGCUGGACAUCCUGGUGUAUGAGGAGCAGCAGCAGGCGGCUGCUGGCGAGGCCGGGCCCUGUCUGGAGUACCUGCUGCAGCACAAGAUCCUGGAGACCCUGUGCACACUGGGCAAGGCUGAGUACCCCCCAGGCAUGCGGCAGCAGGUGUUCCAGUUCUUCAGCAAAGUCCUGGCUCAGGUGCAGCAUCCGCUGCUGCACUACCUCAGCGUCCACAGGCCUGUGCAGAAACUUCUCCGGCUUGGCGGGGCAGUCCCUGGGUCCCUCACGGAAAAGGAGGAGGUGCAGUUCACCAGCGUCCUCUGCUCUAAGAUCCAGCAGGACCCAGAGCUGCUCACCUACAUCCUGGAAGGUAAAAAGAUUAUAGGGAAGAAGUCAUCCAGAGAGUCUACGGCCCUGUCUAAAGACACAGCCAGCCACAGAAACAAGGACUGUUGUCAGAACUGUGCUCCUGACGGGGGCCCCCAGCCAGAUGGGGAGCACUGUGGGGCCCAGGCCUUGAACAGCCGCCUGCCUGCUGAGACCGAGGGGCCAGAUGGGCCUGGGGAGAGCAACCUAAUCACCACCCUGCUAGGGCUGUGCAAGAGCAAGGUGCGGGCUGCAGAGAAGGGUCGUGUGGCCCUGAAGGCCCAGGAGAACCUGCUGCUCCUGGUAGGCGUGGCCUCCCCAGCAGCUGCCACCUACCUGGCGCAGAGCAGCCCCUGUUGUGCCGCGAUAUCGGAGCAUCUGUGCCAGCUGUACCAGUCCUUGCCUGCCUUCCUUGACCCUGCAGACAUCGCCACUUUAGAGGGCAUCAGCUGGAGGUUACCCAGUGCCCCAUCUGAUGAGGCGUCUUUCCCUGGUAAGGAGGCCCUGGCUGCCUUCCUGGGCUGGUUUGAUUACUGUGACCACCUUAUCACCGAGGCACACAUGGUGGUAGCUGAUGUCUUGGCAAAGGCUGUGGCCGAGAGGCUGUUCGUGGACACCCUGCAGCCCCAACUUCUGCAUGUGUCUGAGCAGAGCAUCCUGACCUCCACCGCCCUGCUGACGGCCAUGCUGCGCCAGCUUCGCUCCCCCGCGCUGCUACAGGAAGCCGUGACCUUUCUGCUGGGCUCCCAGCCGCAGUCUGCAGCUGCCGAGGACAGCCCACGCUCCCUGUGCGACCACCUCAUCGGGCACUGCGACCACCUCUCUGACGAGAUCAGCAUCGCCACGCUGCGGCUGUUUGAGGAGCUGCUGCAGAAGCCCCAUGAGGGGGUCAUCCACAGCCUGGUUUUGUGCAGCCUGGAGGGCCGCCUGUAUAUGGCCCGGAGCUCACCAGAGCCCGAGAGCUAUGAGGACACCAUAGAUCUGGAGGAAGACCCCUACUUCACGGAUGGCUUCGAUUCUGGCCUCCAGCCCGCUACAAAGCCUCGCCAGGCUCCUGCCACUUCGGAUGGCAAAACAGCAGUGACAGAGAUUGUCAACAGCUUCCUCUGCCUGGUCCCCGAAGAAGCCAAGACUUCAGCCUUCCUGGAGGAGACCGGGUACGACACAUACGUCCACGAUGCCUAUGGCCUGUUCCAGGAGUGCAGCUCCCGUGUUGCGCCCUGGGGCUGGCCCCAGACUCCCACACCCUUGGACCCCCAUGAACCGGAACAGCCUUUCUUUGAGGGUCACUUCCUCCAAGUGCUGUUCAAUCGCAUCGCCCGGAUUUUGGAUCAGCCCUAUGGCCUAAACCUGCAAGUGACCUCAGUCCUGUCCCGGCUCGCCCUCUUCCCCCACCCCCACAUCCAUGAGUACCUUCUGGAUCCCUACGUCAACCUGGCCCCUGGCUGCAGAAGCCUGUUCUCUGUGCUGGUCAGGGUGAUCGGGGACUUGAUGCAGAGAAUUCAGAGGAUACCCCAGUUCCCGGGCAAGCUGCUCCUCGUCCGCAAGCAGCUGAUGGGCCAGGUCCCUGGGGAGCAGCUGGACCACCAGACCCUCCUUCAGGGCGUGGUAGUACUUGAGGAGUUCUGCAAGGAGCUGGCUGCCAUCGCCUUUGUCAAGUUUCCCCCACGUGGUCCUCAGCUGAACUUCUCCCCGCCCCCGGAAGGGCAAGUCUGAGACUCCUGUCUUCGCCUUGCCCUGGAGCCGCCUCCUUCUGAGCCCUGCUGCCUCUACAGCUCCCCUCCAAUGUGGAACUUCAGCUCCCAGGCUGACUCGGGACCUCGGCCUGUUGACCACAAAGGCCUAGGUUCCAGGGAGUGCACCUUGGCCGGGCCAGGAGCAAAAGAGACUGCUUCCCCAGCAGCAUGGCGUCCUCAGGGCCUUCCUGGAACCACUCGAAACCACUUUGCGCCUGGACCCUGACCCUGUGUGUUUUCUGACUCUUCACUCCACACUGGCCAUGUGUGGCCAGGGCCACAACCAGUAACAAUUCCAAGGUCACAUGGAGACAGCAGCUGGCUCCAAGGCCAGCCAGGAAUUCAGGCCAGAGAGCCAGGGGUCAGGAGGAGCCCUGACUGUCAUGUUCGGUACCAUAGAAGCUGCUACAACUUGAAGGCUGUUCCCUACCUUCACGGUUGCACUCCGGAGAAGGGACUGUGAAGGGGACUGUGGGGGAAGCCCCUUCCUCCUGCCCUGCCCUCCCGGCGGCUAUUGCAAAAUUCCCAACUGCCUCAUGGCAAAUGCCCAAAGCAUGCUCCGCACCCAGGCGGGGGCAGCUGCUAAUGAGAACCUCAGUGCAGCUGCAGCCAGGGUGGGCGAGGGCCUUGGAGCUGUGGAGCUGGGUGCCUGCUUACAGCCCCAGCUGGCUCCUUGCUGGCGCCUUCUGAACUCGUCUCGGCAGGUCCACAACACCUGGGCAGAGAGGUCAGUGACCAGGGGCGGCUGGGCCCCAUCCUCCAGAUCCUGCUCAUUGCCCUGUAUUCCUAAUGGAUGGCCCUCCUGGGGGGCACAGGAGCUCGGGGUACAGACGAGGCAGGGUGCCCGACUCCAGACCCCCUCCCGUAGAGGCAGGGUGCCCGACUCCAGACCCCCUCCCGUAAGGCCCAGCGGGGAGGGGCUGGGCACGGGCAGCCAGUUCUCCUUGCAUGCCCUCUGCGGCUGGGGCUGCCUCCCCACCCGGCCUGAAUCUGCCUCGACCUGCAGGAGCACUCGCGCGGCGCCAGGCAUUACCUCACAGUGGGACUGCAGUUGCUGGCUCGGCUCCUGGGCAAGGAGGAGCAGGCCAGAGCCCCUUUCGCUUCCUUUUCCUGCCCAUGCCUCUUCUAGAUGCCGGGCACGGGUUGCCAAGAGGUGACAUGAAAGAAGGGGGAACUCAGUGACCUCUCCCUCUCCUGCAUUCCUCCCAGCGGGGGAGGACCGACGCCGCUCCAAAGAACACGGUGCACGCCUGCUUGUGCAUACGUGCACAUGGGUGCCAGUGUAGGACAAGGGGCAGAUCCCAGUGAGGGACCUGGGUCUGGACUUGGAGAUUCUUCAGAUCUUGGAGGGUCUGGGAGGCGUGGACCCUCGCCUCUAAUCAGUGCACUUUGGUAUUUUCACGGUGUCUUCCUCGGACAGCACAGCAAUAAACAGUGUGAGUGUGUGGACACGGCG